AGAGAAACAGAGGGAGAAGUACGAGUUGAAGAAAAUACAGAUUUCGGUGCAAAGCGAGAAUGGUGAGCGCAUUGAAUGGCUUUGGCCUGGCCAUUGGUUGCAUGGACAUYAUAGGAGCUUUGUUCUUUGAGCUGAUGAUUAUUUUCAUGAUGCGCCAGAGCAAAGCCAGAAAAGCAAACCGGACAACAGCCAGUGAGCUGGAGCAGUCGACGCAUGUGACAACGCUCUACAGCAACAGCCUAAGUCCUUGGAUGCUGGGGAUUUACCUGCUCCUAUUGAAUGUGUGGAUAGCUGUGUCAAUGCUGAUGCUCGCCGGCAUCAUAUUGCAAAAGCCACAGCUGCUGUUGUUCUGGCUCAUCUGGUGCGCAGGAGGGCUGAUAUUCGACUUUGUGUAUGUGGUGCUAUGGAUCCUGGAGCUACUAGCGGGCGAUGCCAUUGAGGCGCUAACCAACAUCCUGAUGUCAUUGCUGACUAUGGCUGUCGAAUUCGCCUUCAUAUUUAUUGUAUACCACAUUUACAUUAACUUAAACCAUCCCCAAGCCGGACAACAAGUCGCUAGGAAUCCUUUGCUGCGUUUCUCACAAUUUUUAUUUUUUUAAUUU